AUGAACCCCAAAUUUAAUUCUUCUGGUUGGCUGUUGCUGCUGCUGUUUGUCACCCAUCACCAAGGAAGAGCCAAGCCGGUGACAAAUGUCCAGACCCUGUCUAAGUGGUUAGAGGAGGACUUGGAGAAGCCGGUGGGGUCCGAGGAAACAGAACAGGAUCAAGACGAGACUGUCCUGACAGGAGCUUUGGAACAACAGGAGGCUCUGUUGCCUUGGGCCAGAAGCCCCCGAGAGGGGGGCCCCAUCUCGGAAAGUGCUUUCCAGCGGCUCUUCAGCGACCUCCUGUCCUCUGCCAGGAGGUAUCGGGGAAGGAGCAAAAAGGGCCUCCCGAGAGGGUGCUUUGGAGUCAAGCUCGAUCGGAUCGGAGCCUUGAGCGGGCUGGGAUGCUGA